GCUCUGAAAGUGAUGUAACGAGGCCAGACUCGCGCGCUGCUUUCCCUCUUUCCCAGACUAAGUCCUUCCUCCCUCCAGCACCCGGCGCUCUGCGCGCGGAGCCCGGCGCUAGGCUGUGCCUCCACUCCACUCCCAGAGCUCUGGAGACCGACGGGCACUGUUAAGAAAGACGCGCUCCCACGUCCCACCUCCUGGAUGCAGACUCAGUGGGGAAAGCGAGACUUUCCUUCCAGAAACAAGGGAGAGAGCCGAGGGAACAGCUGUUGUGGAGGUUUUUAAGGAGACUCAGACUGGCUUCUUUCCCUGCUCCUGGGAGACGGCAGGAAUCCUCAGAAGAGAGAACCGCUGCUCCUUAGCCAGUAAGCAGCCCCCAAUCUGGAUGGAGUGAAAGAUGCGGCCUGAUGACAUAAACCCGAGGACUGGGCUGGUGGUGGCCCUGGUCAGUGUCUUUCUUGUCUUUGGCUUCAUGUUCACCGUCUCUGGGAUGAAAGGAGAGACUCUGGGAAACAUCCCCCUCCUGGCCAUCGGGCCAGCCAUCUGCCUACCAGGCAUCGCGGCCAUUGCCCUGGCCAGGAAAACCGAGGGAUGCACCAAGUGGCCUGAAAAUGAGCUGCUGUGGGUCCGCAAGUUGCCCUGCUUCCGGAAACCCAAGGACAAGGAGGUGGUGGAACUGCUGAGGACCCCUUCAGACCUGGAGUCAGGCAAGGGAAGCUCAGAUGAGCUGGCUAAGAAGGCGGGCCUCAGGGGGAAGCCCCCCUGCCAAGGGCAGACAGAGGUGCCUAUGGCCAGUUCCAUCAUCACCCCCACACCCAUGGAAGGAGAACGCCAGAGCCUGGUCCAGAGCGGGCAUCAGGAGGAGACAUCCAGAUACCUAGAUGGCUACUGUCCUUCAGGCAGUUCCCUUGCCUACAGUGCCUUGGAUGCCAAGUGCUCAGCCUGGGACAGAUCUGACUGCCCAGAGCCUGAGGACAGCAUCUUCUUUGUGCCCCAGGACAGUAUCAUCGUUUGCUCCUACAAGCAGAACAGUCCCUAUGACAGAUACUGUUGUUACAUCAAUCAGAGCCAAGGCAGGUGGGACCACGAGACAAUAGUCUAAGCUUUGCAUACAAGAGUCGCUGUGUUGAUAGAAACGACUACACUCAGCUUCCAGGGGAAGGAAACUGCCCUGCUCCAACAGCUUUCAAACUGUUAGGAAUUGACUUGGUAUGUGAUGGGUGUGCAAGCCUCGGGUGCCUGAGAGCCAUGUAAAUAGGCAUGUAGGGGACACAUUUUAAGGAAGGGUGAUGAGUGUUAAGGGCACUGGAAGAGGCAAUGGGUAGGAGAGGAAGCAGUUCCAAUUGCUUUUUUAACAAACCAUGUUGGAUGUUUUGUAAAAUAACCCAGAAAGUGCUACUCAGCACCUGCUAAAAGCAAGAUAAAUCUAGUGUGGGCUGCAGAUAUCAGGCAUGAAAUGAUACAUGGGCUUGCCAUAGGGAAACUGAGCUGCUUUCAAUCUGAAUAAAUUGAAAGGCAAAAAAUUUAGUGCUUUAUUGUAUGAAAUGAUUUUUAUCUGGUGAAAGCUUUUCACACUUAUUAUUUGCUGAAAGCAAAAAAGUUAAGAUAGAAAAGCUACUCCUUCCUUAGGUGGGAUGGUUUUUGGAGAAAGGGGAGUUAAAGGCAGUUGAAUUAUGUAAUUGAAUUUUAUGAUAUAAUCCUCUGACAAGAUCAGAGAUUUCAAAUAAAGUAAAAUAAGUGUGACAAGCUAGGUAAAAAACUAACAUUUUUAGAUGGCUAUGUUACUUCUUAAACUUUCAUUUAAAUUGAUUUACUGUGUCUAUAUCUUAAGUGUUUUUUAAUAUUUACUAUCAUUCAUGUAUAAUUUCCUCAUCAGGUGCAAAAUGACUUGAUGUAAUAUUUUCAUAGAUUAGAAUUUGUGUUCAUCAAGUCAAAAUGGGUUUUACAUAUGUAUACAAGUAUCUUUAAUAUUUCUGGGAGUUCUGGUAGUA